AAGUCAUUGACCUUCUCUACAGAGAGAGGAGCAGGCCUAUCUUGGCACUAAACCUACCCAUCAGACACGACUUGCUCUCCACCAAGAAUUAGCCCCUCGGUGAAACGGAGAAUGAAAACCAGGCCUGUUCCCAAGGUCCAAAAUAUGGAGCAAUGGAAAAAGAGGUGUAGAUCCAGCAGGGAGGUUGAGCUAAACCAGCUACGGACGGUAAUGAAAAACCUGUCACUCCUGAAGCUGUUGAAGAAAUCAAAUCCCCGUGUAAUAAGUCUCCACAAUCUGGCGAAGUCCUGCUGGAAACUGCUAUUUCAAGUGCCCCAGAUACUUCGUGUUUCCUCUAGGACCAGUUCUGGUACUUCCUCCAAGCUAAUGGAAAUGAACAGAGCUCCCAUAGAGAUUGGAGACCUGGUAGCAAAGAAUGCAAAAGUAGAGAAGGCAAAGGCAAACAUGGAGAAGGCCAAGAGAGGGGCCAAGAAGGCCACAAAGGCUAAGAGUCAAUGCUGUUCCUUCUCCAUCUCCUCUUCCAAGGUCAAAGCCACAAAGGGUUCCCACUUCAUCGUCUUGAAGACUUUUCCCAAAUCCCGCAAAGCAACCCCCCAGAACUUUAGCAAACCUUGCACAUGGUUCGAGGGCCUGCCCAAACGCAUCCACAUACCAGCCCCCAGAACACUCUGUCGGCCUUCUUCACUUCGAUGGGUAAAGCGCUGCUGUACACGGUUCUGUUCUGCAACCUUGGAACUACCAAGGGCUUACCCUUACAAAGCAUGAUUUGGGCUGAUGCCUGGGUCAAAUGUCUUAGA